AUGGCGUUGCGCAAAGUGCGCAGCAACCUUGAUCGGUUGUUUGAUAAAAGCUUAACAGAUUUAAUACGAGGAAUACGUAACAAUAAAGAAAAUGAGGCUCGUUAUAUCGCAGCUUGUAUCGACGAAAUCAAGCAAGAACUUCGGCAGGAUCCAACCUAUGUUAAGGCGAAUGCUAUUGAGAAGCUUGCUUACUUACAAAUGUUAGGAUAUGACAUAUCCUGGGCCUCAUUCAAUAUCAUUGAAGUCAUGGCAUCGACUAAAUAUACUGAGAAAAGGAUUGGUUACUUAGCUGCUGCGCAAAGUUUCCAUGAUGAUACUGAAGUACUUAUGCUCACCACUAAUCUUAUACGGAAAGAUUUAAACAGUCCGAACAUGUAUGACUCCGGAGUAGCUCUGGGUGGAUUGUCGUGUUUUGUUACGCCCGAUUUAGCGCGAGACCUGGCAACAGAUGUUGUAAACUUGUUGUCGUCAUCGAGGAGUUACACACGUAAACGAGCCGUUCUUCUGUUGUAUAAAAUUUUUCUGAAAUAUCCCGAAGCUUUGAGGCCUACAUUCCCCCGGUUGAAAGAAAAACUUGAAGAUCCGGAUCCAGGAGUUCAAAGCGCUGCUGUAAAUGUAAUCUGCGAGCUGGCUCGCAAAAACCCUAAAAAUUACUUAACCUUAGCCCCAGUUUUUUUCAAACUAAUGACCACUUCUAGUAACAAUUGGAUGCUCAUAAAGAUAAUCAAGCUGUUUGGUGCUCUUGUUCCUCUUGAACCUCGCUUGGGCAAGAAGCUUCUUGAACCUCUCACCAAUCUCAUUAAUAGUACAUCAGCUAUGUCAUUACUAUACGAAUGCAUAAACACUGUGAUCGCCGUUCUCAUAAGCAUAUCCACAUCUACUGGAGGAGAUCACACUCCCAGUAUACAAUUAUGCGUUCAGAAACUGGGAGUGUUGAUAGAAGAUUCCGAUCAGAAUUUGAAAUAUCUCGGAUUAUUAGCAAUGGGCAAGAUCCUCGAAACACAUCCUAAAGCAGUACAAGCUCAUAAAGACAUAGUUCUGAGGUGUCUUGAUGAUAAAGAUGAAAGUAUACGGUUAAGAGCUCUUGAUCUCCUCUACGGAAUGGUUUCAAAGAAGAAUAUUAUGGAAAUAGUUAGAAAAUUAAUGGAGCAUGUUGAAUUAGCUGAAGGUUCAUAUUAUCGAGAUGAGUUACUCAGUCGUAUAAUCGGAAUUUGCAGUUAUAACAACUAUCAAUACAUCACGAACUUCGAAUGGUACAUCUCGGUGCUUGUGGAAUUGACCAAAGUCGAGGGAACGAAGCAUGGAGCUAAGAUAGCUGAACAAAUCCAAGAUGUUACUGUUCGAGUUGAAUCUAUUCGGCAUUUCUCGGUUUCCCAGAUGGCUCUAUUAGUAGAAAACGCAAAUAUUCUUUUGGCUGGAAGCGCUCAGCAACGAAGCAAUAUCUGCGAAGUUUUGUUGGCGGCUGCUUGGAUUUGUGGCGAAUAUAGCCAACACGUUCGUAACAUUUCGUCUGUUUUGGAGUCAAUGCUCAAGGCUAAAACAUCCAUAAUGCCAGGCCACAUUCUAUCUGUUUAUGUGCAAAAUAUCGGCAAACUGUAUAGUGCUUUACUCACAAAGGCAGAGGAAGAGGACGAUUGGGACGCUAUCGAAUCACUUGACAAUCUCAUGUUGUCCAAGCUUCCAGAAUUUGAGUUGGCAGAACAUCUCGAAGCGCAAGAAAGAGCUUGUACUCUUAUUUGUCUUGUUCGAGUUGUUGAGUCAUUACAUCAAAGAAGAGAGAAAAUUGCUCAUGAAGUCGCAGCUCUCUAUGAUGGGGAAUUGAAUCCUGUUGCAGCAAAGGCACAAAGAAAAGUCCCCGUCCCUGAGGGACUUGAUUUGAACAACUGGAUGAAUGAUCCUUGGGAGGACACCGAUGAAGAAAUAAGUGAAGAUAGCGAGAUCGAAGCUACUUUCGGACAGCCUGGCCCUCGUCUACGAUCCGAGUUCACCUCGUUCGGAGUUUCGCCCAAGUAUGAUAGUGACAAUGAAGAGACUACGGUUGUGAAAUCUAAGAAGAAAUCCAAGAAAAAUGGAUCUACUCAAGAAUUGACAGAAGAACAAUGUGCUGAGCGAAGGAAACAACGUGAAGCUGAAAUUGAAAACAAUCCUUAUUAUGUCAAAGGAACAGCUACUGUUCCCAAACGUCCGACCAAGUUUAACACAUUUGAAAAUCAUGCAGUGAUGGACAAAACUGAUAUUCAAAGUCCCCUGGAAAUUCCAGGGGUUGUUGGAUUGUCUCGUUACCUUGAACAACAAGAUUCCACUUUGACUUGGAAGAAAGCAAAGGAGAGCAAGAAGAUCAAAAAGAAGACAAAGAAAGGGAAGAAGAAGCAUGUUAGUUCGUCCAGUGACGAAGAAGUUGCAGUUGUACAUAAGGUUAAUCGUGCUGACGGAGAAAUGCCGGAGGGAGCAAAAUCUACUGAUGAUGAAGCUGAGAGUCAUGGGCGCAUGAAGGAUCUCUCUGAUGAAUUUAAAGCAUUGGACAUGGAUUUGGAUGAACCUUUGCGAUCUGAUGAAGUUCUCCGAGGACCACAAGCUUAUACUAGAGUUCAUCCUUCUUCUCGAUCUUCCGGACCACUUGUUCCUAGACCACCAACGAUUAGUGCUGAGAGUUAUAAUAAUCCUCUAGCUGGUCUGAAAGUGACCGACAAAUCGAAUGUACCUAAAAAGAAAAAGAAGAAGAGUGAUGGAACUGUUGAAAAGAAGAAAAAAUCCAAGAAAACUUCGGAAAAGCCGUUGAAAGUAGCUAAUACUGAAACACCCAACUGGUUAGAUACUUUGAAUCAAGAUCUGAUCGAAGAGGCUGUCGACUCAUUGAAAGUUGAGAAAAAGACGAAAAAGAAAAAGAAAGGAACAAAACCAUCUCGUGAUGCUUAUGAAGAGGCUUCUGGUGUCUGUACUCCAACUAAUCCUAACGCCGAAAGAGGAAACUCGCCAAGAGUUAGUCAUGUAGAUACUAAUGACUUGUCUGCUUGUACUCGAUUGGCUGGAAAUGGAGAUCUUCAAGUGGAUUUUGAAACUUCUGUUUCGAAAGACUUACCUGAUGUUCUGCGAGUCAACUUCUGUUUCAAGAACGUUGGGAUCGGUGAAUUGAAGGACAUUGAGGUGAACUGUAUAGACUCCUUGAAUAUAAUGCUUCAAAAGCAAAAUGAGAACUCACCAUCAAUUCCUGGGUUGUUAGCUUCGAACGAAGAAAAGAAUAUUGAUUUGUUUUUCAAAGUUUAUACAACAAACGUCUCUCAGCAGUUACGGGGAUCAAUAGCUUACUUUUCGGGUUCUGAUAAUGUUGUCAAUGAGAAAUUGGAUUUUAGACUUCCACUACGUAGUACCACAUUUAUCAUUAGUUCGCCUAUUACCAAAGAAGAAUAUUCGAAUUUACUCUCCGGAGAAGACUUAGAUUUCUCGUCUUCAGUUAAAUUCCAGUCAAACUUGUCGUUUAAAUCAUUGGUUUGCCGUAUAACUACAUUAGGACAUUUAUCAAUUGUUGAAGAAGUAGCGGCAGCAGCAUCCUUAUACGCCGUCACAAUGUCCGGAGAAUCCAUCUGUGUUUUGCUUAAGAAAAAAGGUGAUGUCGUAAGUAUUGAUGGAAAAGCUGAUAAUCAAGAAUUAAUCUCUGCCAUAGUCGAUGACCUCCGAGCCAUCUGUACUCAAUAG